AUGGAGCGGAACAGCCCAAGCUACAACAACAAUCGUUCCAAGAACCAAGUGAAGACAAAGACUAUAAAGAGUACAUGUUAUUUCAGUAGUAUAACGACGCCUGCGAGAAGUAAACAUCGAAAGUUGGAGGUUCAAGAAAACGCUAAUUGUCAAGAUAAGAGGACGAAGUCGUCGGACGUUUCUAGUCCUCAAUGUCCCAACAAUUUUACUCGAAGACUAGGUUCCCCAAAAUUGAAACCAACAAGUCCGUCCAAGGAAGGGAGCCCAAGAACUUCCCCAACUCUUGGAGUUUUCUAUGCUGGUGCCAAGUUCAGUGAACCGCCCCCGCCAGCUGCUCUUCCCAAGCCGCCCAUGCAUUGGGCGUCACGAAUUUACACAACAAACAGUGGGUCGUUUUCAAUGAUCCCAUCUGAUAGAGCAGAUAAGAGUAGGGAUAUUUCCAACCAGCUGAAAGUACUACUGAAUGUUUCUGCUUGA